UGCUGCAGUCCAUGGGGGGUCACAAAGAGUCAGACAUGACUGGCGGAAAAAGAAACAAAAAACCAUGGCAGAAGGAACUGGACAGAUAUGAUUAAGUUCCGGAUUUGAAAUAGGGAAAUGACCCUUUAUUAUUUGGGUGAGCCUGAUAUAAUCACAAAAGUCCUUAUAAGAGGGAGGCAGGUGAUGAGAGGAAGAAGCAAUGUCACCCUGCAAACAGGAGGAUAAGAGGCUAUAUUGAUGCAAGCCCACGGGCCAAGGAAUGUGAACGGCCUCUGGAAGCUGGAAAAGGCAAGGAAACCGAUUCUCCCUGAAGCCUCCAGAGGAACCAGUGCUGCCGACACCGUUGUGGACUUCUGACCUCCAGAACUGCAAGGGAAUGAAUUUGUGUGGUUUUAAGCCACCAAGUAUGUAGUCAUUUGUUAGAGCAGCAGAAGGAAACAUACAGAAAGUAUCUGGGAAAUGAAGAGUUGUACCAUGCUGCCUUCUGUCAUUAUUUCUAGUUGCUUUUAUGAGCAAAGCUUGUCUUACCUAGCAACAGUUGCUAAGUAUGUUGACAAUUUAAUCUAGACUCUAGCAGGGAGUAGCUGCUUAAAUCUUCCCAAAUCCAGUGCCCAGACCUUCUAUGGGCAGAGGCUUUCAGUACCAUUCUUUACCCCCUAGGCAUAUAACCACUACCUAAUCAUGGUGAAUCAUUUAAUCCUGACAAGCCUCUAGCAUUGUCUUCAAACCUUGAAUCUCUUCUGCUUUCUCAAACUUGAACUUUUCUUAAAACUACCUUUUCUAAUCCUGAGAGUUUUUAAACUGUACAUAGUAAAAGACAUCUUUAAUUAUGAUCAGGAAUCCGAAUUAUACAAACUUUGUUUGCUGUGCUGUUUGUAAUAAAAUAAUUCCACCAGCUCCUUUUGGGGAAACCUUUAAACGGAUCCAUGAAUACAAGCCAUUUAAGACACGCUUUUACACUCACAAAGAUAUACUGGAUAUUGGGAAAGAGAUUCUGAAUAAGGAAGAGCAGUUUCAAGAGGCUGCCCUCAAAGAACGAAUUGCACAGGUAGAAGCCGACAUAUGGGCUCAGGCCGAUAAACGCCAAAGACAAGCAGUGAAGAAAGCCCUCGAAGAAGCAAAUGACAUGUACAAAAUGCAAAUCCAGUUUCUGAAAGAGGAACAUGAGAAAGAGUUAAAGGAAAUGGCAGCUAGGACCGAGAUGCAGCUGCAUAAAAACCUGGAGGAAGAACUGCAGCGAGAACACUUGGCUGCCGAACAGCGCAUGGUCCACAGGAUCCAGAGGAUCAUGAUGGAGUGCCACCGCGAGAAGGUCCAGGCCGUGCAGGAAGCCCGAGAGCAGGAGCGGCUGGUGGCCCAGGAAGAGAUCCAGGCUCAGAGAAGGAAGGCCGUGGAGGAGCUUAUGAGCACAGGUGUCACGGUUGUGCAGGAUCAGAAGAAGAGUGUGAACCAGCUGGUGAGGGAGAAACAGCAUGAAAUCAGUCUCUACUAUUGCAUGACUCAGAGGGAGAAGCAAGAGGAGGUUCAGAAAGCGCUUCAAGAAGCAGAGAAAACACAUCAGGCCAGACUCGGAAACGUGACGGGCAAGCUGGCGAGCACUCAGGGGGAGCUGCUGUCCAUCGCGAAGCAGCUGGGAAUUAUGACGAACUGGAAAGACUUCCUGGAGGAAGAGUUACAGGAAACCAGGGCAGCAUUUCAAAAAUACAUCAAUUACACGUUUCCAAAGCUCUCGCCGGGACAUGCAGAUUUUAUUCUGCCAGAAAGAAAGAAAACACCUUCCAAUCUUAUUAUUCCGGAGAACCAAACAACUCCUGAUUAGAAGUGUUCAUCUGAAGUUUCACUACAAAAGACACAGUUUGAAAGACUAAAUAAAUUCAUUCAAAAACCA